CCCGACAAUCAUCUCCGUGUCUCAUUUCAUAUACUCUAUCUUAUCUUUGAAAGGGGCCGACGACGGCGAGCUCGUGCCGUCCACGCUCUAGCUGGGACUUAUACUCGCCGCAUGUCCACUGUCCCGCAGCCAGUCCCACCCUCUCAUUCCGGACCACCACUCUCCUCUGGCGACCUGCUCGACAGAAGCUUUGGCGACGUUGGCCGCUGCAACGACGGAUCUGUAGAGCUAGAGCAUCAUAGACGCCUGCCGACGCGUCCGGAAUGACGUCGCGUGCACCGCCGGCCACCCCUUCCGACCGGUCGCUUGGAGGGCAGUCCCACCCUGGUGGCGAUGAGAGGGCACCGCUUCUCAGUGGCAGCAGGGCGAGGGCGGUGAAGAAGAAAUGGUAUCGUGCGAGGCCGUUGUGGCUCGUACCAUUCUCAAUCACGCGUACUAUUAUUCAGCGCGGCAUGACUAUUGGUCCCAGAGUCGAAGUCUUCACUCAACUUUCCUGUAACGCUAUAUAUGGCCACCACGGCUACAACCACACGUCCGAGAACACCAACGCUAUCCUUUCGACUAACUAUCCACAUGUCCCCUCUUCGAUCGAAUCCUCUGCACCUGCACCGGAUGGAAUACACGGCGACGGCGACGAUGACGACGAACCGGAUCCGCGCAACUUGCCCUCCAAGCGAUGUAUACAUGACCCUGCCGUUCAGAAGGGUGCAGCACGUCUGCAGACGAUCAUGACGUUCGCAGCUGGCGUUCUCUCUGCACUAACGACAGGCUGGUGGGGUCAUUUUGGCGAGACGCGUGGUCGCACGAAGGUUUUGUCUGCGGCGACACUCGGUCUCUUCCUAACCGAUCUGACAUUCAUCCUAGUCUCCACACCACACAGCGUAUUCGCCACGCUCAUGGCCGCCGUCAACGCCUACAUAUCGGACUGUACAUCAGACGGCUCACGCGCGCAUAUAUUCUCCCGAUUCCUCGGUAUCUCUUUCUUCGGUUUCGCCUCGGCCAGUGGUUGGCGCGUUCUUCAUUCGCCACCCAUUCGUAUUGGGACCCUGCCUAGCCCAAGCGCGCAUGGUACCACGCAGAAUGUCACGACGGUGUUCUACGUCGCUGCUCUCUGCUCGCUGGUGAAUUUGAUGCUUGCCCUCUUCGUCUUCCCUGAACCUACCAAGAGAGCGAAAGUAGCGCCAGAGGCGCAGCCGCUGCCUGGUGGGGAGGGCCUGACGCCGUCGUCUGCUGGCAAGCAAGGACAUAUUGCGGGUUUCUUGGGCCCCUUCAAAUUGUUGGCGCCAAGGACCGUUCAGAACUCGAACGGAACCUCCAGGAAGGACUGGCGAAUCACUCUCAUCGCGCUUGCCUUGCUUGUAUAUGCGUUGUCGACUGGCAUCUUCCAAGUCAAGUACUUGUACGCGGUGCAUGUUUACGAGUGGAAUGCCGAACAACUCAGCUACUACAUAUCAGCUAUGGGUGCCUGUCGGACAACGUAUCUCCUGGUGCUCAUGCCAGUCGCCAUCUACUUUUUCAAGCCCAAACCCAAGCCCUCUCCGCAGGCUUCCGCGCCAACUAUUGUUCAAGGGAAGAAGCCGCCGCAAACGCCUGCACAGAUCGCUGCUGAGAUGCGUUUUGACUUCGGGCUCCUGCGGACAUCGCUCGUAAUCGACUUGAUGUCGCAUGUCUUGGUGUCGCUGUCGUCGCCUGACUCCAGCUCGGUUGCGUUCACGAUGUUCACUUCGCUGAGCAGCUUCGGGGCGGGCGUUGACCCUGCGUUGCAAAGCCUGGCGUUGUGCAUCAUGCAGGCGAACGGCGAGGACAACCGUGGCACGCUGUUCGGGCUGUUUGCGAUGCUGCGCACCAUCGGACAGAUGAUCAUUGGGCCGCUCAUAUUCGGUCUGAUCUACAGCGAGACCGUCGCGACAUUCCCCAAGGCCAUCUUUGUAGCGGCGGGAGGUUUCGCCUUUGCUGCCUUCAUCUGCCUCUCCCUCAUCCGCCCUGAUGCCGGCGUCAAGGUGCGCCGCAGAGGAGAUGGAAGAGGGCGGUCCCGCGUGAGCAAGGACAUCAGCAAGUCCGGCACUCGCGUUGCGGUCAUCCCCGUUGGAGGAGGAGAGCCGUCCAGUCAGAGUACGACGGCCUCUGGCUCGAUGCUGCACUAGAUGGGAUUUGUAUAACAACGUUGGAAGGGAUUGUUGGAAGGGAUAGAGUGUUGUAUAUUGAGUUAUACUUUCUGCGCAUGCUUAAUCUCUAGUAUUGUAUGUAUAUAUUAUAGAAUCACUACGAGUAUUGUC